CUUUUCAGUCCGUGUCCAGAGCGCACAGUCCAGCAGCAGAGAGAGCAGGAGGAGAACAUAUGUGCAUGUUUUAAACACCGAUGUAGAGUGUGUAGGUUUACAUUUUGCUCUCCGUGCAGGAGGUGGCUCCGUCUUUAAAAGUGUCCUCGGCUCCUUGGAGGCUAGUUUGGGAGCCGAACUUACCGGCGGGUUCCGCUGAUCCAAAGUGACAGAGGCGCGGAUGUCACCGCUGCCUCAGACAGCAGCCGAGCGAUUGUUUCCUAAAAUAGGGCAAAGGAGAACCGAGACCUAGCUUCCCUCCAGGUUGGGUAAAUUCAAAAAGACAUUGGAGAGAGAAAGAAGCGGGCAGAGGAGAGAGACUUGUAAGCGGGACUUACACACGAGGAUCCAGAGGAUGGGAAUUUAAGCUCUCAACCAACGUCAGAUACCCGCCCCCUUUCUUCCUUUCUUUUUGUUAAUUUUUUUUUCUUUUAAAUUAGAUUUCCAGUUUUUGUUUUAUUUAUUUAUGUUGAUGGCAGCCGGGAGCCGCGUGACUCUUCCCGGGGUUUUCCGCUCGGGCUGUCGGGGAAAGAGAGAGGAGAGAGCCGAGAUCAGAGAGCGGUGCCGGGACCCGAGCUAAGCGCUGGGCGCCUGAGAGGAGAGACUCGGAGCAGGUCCUGUGAGUAUAACUGUGUGACUGUAAAAUGGCGCUGCCAGCUAAGCACAUAUGAUCUGACAUGGAGGCCAUCAUUGCAGUCAACUCCACACAGGACGAGCUCCCACCCGACGAUGACUCCCUUAACAAUGCUUUCCUCGAAUACGACCCUAACACUGGUGUCGCUCCCUCAGCUCUUCCUACACUGGCAUUUGAAGGAGUGAAUUUCUUAGAGGACCCCAUCAGCCUACCAAGUGUACAGGUGGUGUUGAUCCUGGCCUACAGUACCAUUAUUGUGCUGGGAGUUCUGGGUAAUUCUCUUGUCAUCUAUGUCAUCUAUCGCUUCAAGACGCUCCGCACUGUCACCAACUUCUUCAUUGCUAAUUUGGCUGUUGCCGACCUAUUGGUCAACACUCUGUGCCUCCCCUUCACCCUGGUCUACACCCUGCAGGGUGAGUGGAAAUUCGGUAGCACCCUUUGCUUCCUGCUGCCCUACGCCCAGGGGCUCACCGUGCAUGUCUCCACUGUGACGCUCAACGUCAUCGCCCUGGACCGCCACAGGUGUAUCGUGUACCACCUGGAGACCAGGAUGCGUAAGGAUGUGUGUUUUACAGUGAUAGCAUUGACAUGGGUGCUGAGUGCCAUCCUGGCUAGCCCUCUUGCCAUCUUCAGAGAGUACGGCUCUUUCACACUGGAGCCUGGACAUACCAUACAGGCGUGUAUGGAGAAAUGGCCUGGGACAAACACAGAUGGCACCAUCUACAGCAUCUCCAUGCUUAUCCUGCAGUAUUUCCUCCCCCUGUCCAUCAUCUCCUUUGCCUACGCCCGCAUCUGGUCCAAAUUGCGUGGUCAUGUCAGUCCAGCAGAGAGUGGUGGCAACAGCAGCGUCGCCUCCGAACGCCACCGCCGGCGCCGCAAAACCACCAAGAUGCUGGUGACCAUGGUGGUGGUGUUUGCCGUGAGCUGGCUUCCCUUCCACGCCUUCCAGCUGGCCACCGAUAUCGACAGCACGGUGCUGGACAUGCGGGACUUCCGCCUGCUCUACACCGUCUUCCACGUGAUUGCCAUGUGCUCCACCUUUGCAAACCCGCUACUUUACGGCUGGAUGAACCGCAACUACCGCGCUGCCUUUCUCGCUGUCUUUAAAUGUCGCAGUGGCGGCGAGAGGGGGAGGGGCGGCCGACUGGACAGCAUUCACCCCGCUGGGGGAGGGGCAGGAGGGGGAGGCGGAAGGGCGAAGAAGAUAGUACUUGAAACGCAGGAUGUGGUGUCUACACGCCUCAAUGCCACUGAUGUGUGAGAUGCCGAGGAGGGAUGGAGGAGAGGAAGACAUGGAAGAGAAAGGAAGGAAAAGAAUAUUCUUUUGUCUCCCAGAGGACAAAAGAUUGCACAUGGAGACAGAAGAAAAGAAGACCUAACGAUGUGUGAGAAAAUAGAAACGGCACGAGUGAGAGGGAGCCAAUGGGGGGGAUUAAAGAGCCCAAAUAUAGAGGAGAAGGCGGGGAUGAUUGGGGAUUAGAAGAGGAAGAAUGACAGGAGAAACGAUGAAGAGCUGCUGAAUGACUCAAAGUCUUCUUAAACAACUGAAACUGCAUCUUUCUGAGGACAUGACCUUGCUGUGAUGGAAAAUUCCCACACUGUAAAGACGUGCUUUGAGGGUGAAAUUGUGUUUGAAGGAUCUGUGACACUUAAAAAAGCGGGCAGGCCUGUAUGGAGAACAGAUUAAGUAGGCACAUUUUUAUGGACAAAAAAAAAAAAAUGACCAAAAGAAAUGGACUUUAAAAUCUAGUCAGCACAGGGCUUUUUCUCCAGCUUCAAUCCACAGAUGAAACAUGUAACUCAAAAAUAUAAUCCACAGUGGCUUACAAAUGUGCUCUCUUAAAGAAAGCUUAUGAAUUUUUAGGCCACUGUUAAAUCGAUUAAAAGAAAAGGUGGUGGGGGGGGAUACAAUUUGGAUGCAUGAUGCAAGCUUGAGAAAUCUCAGACACUGUUGUGAAAAUGUGCAUUUGCUGUGGAUUAUCUGACAAAAAAGCCAGAUUGGAGGAGUGCAAAACAGAAAACAUGGAGGUGGGCAAGAAGUAGAUGUGGUCAAAUUAUUCAUAUUAGAAGGGAGAUGCUUUGUUGUUCUUUUUUUUUUAAUUGGCGGAGAAUAGAGAGCAAGCGAAUCGGAGACAAGGGCCGAAGCUGUAACUGUGAUAAAGGGAUCAGUAGGAGAAAAAGACAAGAGUUAAAUGUGGGAUAAUGAGGCAACGUAAAAAACAAAGGUAUUUCAAAUGAACUGUAUCCAAUUUAGAAAGAAACAUCAGAGAAAGGAUCCCUACUUUCAAGCUAACACACGAAUGUUUGAAUAAAAUGAAAACUUGAGUGAUUUACUUCCUUUUCUUUGAUCACUUUAGCACCUUACUGAAGCCGUAAAUUUGUCACAUUGCAAUUUUUCCAGUUAUACAGACACAAAGACCAGGUCGUUAUUUUACGCUUCUAAUAUUAAUCUUAUUUUAUUCAUCUGUGCUCAGUCUACCAAGUCUUUUUAUUGAAACUCAAUUACAGAUGGAAGAAAUAUCAUUAAAGUAUGAUCAGCUACAUUAAAGCAAAACUCAUUAGGUAGAUAUGACAUUUUUCAAUAACUUUAAUGGAUGCUUUGAAUUCCAAAUAACUUCCACAAGUGAAUAGUUUAUUCAUAGACUUUUACAUGGAUUUAGGGCACUACGUUUGCCCUCCACCAAGAAUUUAUUUUUUAAAAGAAGCUCAUCUUGUCACUUAUACUCUUAAAAUAUGAUUUUGAUUCCUGAGUUCAUAGCGCCACUGAAUGUUUUGUGAGAAAUCUUGUCAACCCUUCCAAACACAGUCUUACGGCAGUUUGUGAACUUGUCAUGACUAGUAGUCUAUUAAUUCAUAUUUCUGUGCACAAAUCAGCUAACUGAACCCUCCCUGUCUUUCUGUUCUCAUAAAGUCCUCAUUUGCAGACUGUAGCUAUACUUUACCUCUCAAGUCAUGCCAUCUGGGAUGAGUUCCAGCCCACAGAUAUUCAAAAAGAUGGAAGCUUCUGGAAAUGAAAAUUGAAAUCAUUUACCAAAUUUACCCUGUAUCUACUUAGAUUUUGUAGCUUUGGAUUCCAACCAAACAAACCUACCAAACUUCAACCAAAUGGUGGCUUAGGCUAAAUGUAAUGCUGUGUUCACCAUAAAGUCACAUGAAACCUCACCAAGAGGUACCACAUCUGUACAUUCAAAAAAGUUUUCAAAUUAAAUUCAAAUUACAAAUUUAAAAGCCUUACAGCUGAGAUUGCCUCAUAGACUCUGGAUUAGCCUGAUGAAGGACAAACCAGAGCUAAAUGAUUCAACUUCUCUUUUAUAUGAAGACAAAACAUAAAAUGGGCUUUAAGUGAGCAAAGUCAGAACCUCCUGAUAUCUUACUUACUGAUGUUACAGUAACUUCUUUCUAGCACUCCAUUACACUCUAGCUUUUGUUUGUGAGGUCACAAUUCACCUUGAGUUUGGUGUUACCGCACCACUGGGAAUAGGGCUACAUCAUUCCAAGAGGCAGAGGCUGGCCUACCCAAUCCUGCAUCAACUCCCUAGAUAGACAUGUCUCUACACUAUCAACAAGCACCUGACCUGUCCUUGCGAUUCAUCAUAGAGCCAAAAUAUCCAGAGCUGUCAGCAGACUGAGUUCACUGUAAUUCUAAAGGCUCCAACAACAUUAACCUUUGUUCAGGCCUUCCUAAAUAGGGUUAAACCCAAGAAUUCCGAAAUCCUAAGAACAACUAAUCCACAUCUUUUUACAUUGAACAUUUCACCAGGGAAAAAAUCGUGUUCCCUGAUGGGUUGGUGAGUGGAUGCUGCCUAUUGCUACAUGAAACUGGUUGCAAAGAUGUAUUUGGUGUUCCAUCAAAAAAACUCAUUUGGCAUUGGUUCCUAGCAGAUUACAAUGGUUAUCUGUGGUUUGCACAGAAGAUGCUAGCUUGUCUGUGUACACUCAGCACUUCCCAAGUAGUAAGGAAAUUGUGAAAAGCAGGACUUGAAGCACAGUUUCUAUGGGAAUGUAGACCGCACACCUUUACCAUAAAGGUUGCACCUUUUGAAACAAGUUAAAACCUUUAAACUUCUUGGUAAGGUUUAGUAAAAAUAAAAUCUUUGCAAUUAACUUAUGGAGUUAAAAACUUUAACUUAGUACGGUUUCAAAAGAACUCCUUAGCGGUUCGUUUAUGGUGUGAACGUGAUGUGACCCCAAUCCAAACCAACUACCAACUACUACCAAGUUUAAGUUAAAAAAAACAUCCCGUAACCAUGCAUGCUUUGUAUUCGCAAUGGGAAAUCAACUACUGGCAAUGUAUAUGACAACUUAUAAUGGCCACCUGUUAUAUUGACAACAUUCAAAUCAGGUGGUCUGCUUCUGUUGACCUAAUAUGGUGGGCUUAGUGUUAGUAAGAUAUGUCUAAAUAAUGAAUAAGCAUAAAUAAGCAUAAUGAGCACAUCCCUCAUGCUGAUCCAGUCUUGCACUAUCCUUUUUCUCUUGCCCUUAGAUAUCCCACUAUGUGCCUUGAGAGCUUGUUGUAGAAAAGAAUCAAUGUGUUUCUGGUCUGGGUUAAGUAACAUAAAUAAAAGGCUAAACUUACUAUUUUUGGAAGGUAGGAAUAUUUCCCACAAGUAAUAUCAACAUUUCGUAUGUGUUUCCACAAAUAAUGUUUGCUCUUAAUUUUCUGUUAAUUAUGAACUAAUUAGUUCCUUUGUUCAAAAUGUUAUUACCAAAGGUUGUUUCUUUAAAAGUCUAAAAUUUAAUUGCCUAAUUGUAAUUCCAACUCUCAGGUUUCCCCUGGCAGGAGCUUCAUCAACAUACCGAUUUGGUUGAGCUGGCUGAUUGAAAAACGACCUGCACAAGGUGAAUACAUAUCAGAGAUAGAGAUGUGAAAGAAAACGAAUCAAAAGUAGACACAAUUUCAUUCUGUUUCAAAAGCUGCAGAUA